UCACAUCCAGAGAGAGAGAGAGAGAGUGAGAGCGCUAAGUGAAAGAACAGAAAGAGAGAUGACAGGUUUGAACACCAAUAGCUUGCUUUUGGCUAUCUUUGCCAUCCUUGGGAUUCUGAUGUCCAAUAACAACAGCAACAUGGUUGCUGGUUGCAUAGAGGAUCUGCAGGCAUUAAAAAUUUACUGUGGUAUUUUCCUUGAAAAGAAUAUGGCAAGGUCGAACCCGUCUCCAGCGUGCUGCAGUGUUUUCUUGACUUUGGACGUUCCAUGCACGUGCGAGCAUAUCACCAAGGAAAUCGAGCAGGUGAUUGACAUGGGGAAAUUUGUCUAUGCAGCGAAGUACUGUGGCAUGCCACUCCUCCCGGGGAUCCAGUGUGGAAGUUUCUCAGUUCCCCCUGCAUGAAGCUGGAUGAUCAAGAUCAUGUAGUGUCUGCAAAUGUAUAACUACUUAUGUGUUGUUAUGCAAGCAGAAGUAGAUCAAUAAAUUUGGAUAGCCUAUGCUUCAAGGUCGUUGUAAUUGUUGUAUCACUGAGGACAACUAUCCUUACUAAUAAAAAUUACUUAAAGUAAA